AUGGUAGAAGCUCUGGAAAGACACACGUUUAAAGUUUUUAACCAGGACUUUACUGUCGAUAAGAGAUUCCAACUGAUCAAAGAGAUAGGGCAUGGCGCGUACGGAAUAGUAUGCUCCGCAAAGUUUACAGAGGCUAGUGAAGAGACCAAUGUAGCGAUCAAAAAGGUAACGAAUAUCUUUGCCAAGACGUUACUAUGCAAAAGAUCACUGCGAGAAUUGAAACUUCUUCGGCACUUCAGAGGUCACAAAAACAUAACAUGUUUGUACGACAUGGACAUUGUGUUUUCUCCAGACACGUCUUUCAAUGGACUGUAUUUAUAUGAGGAGCUGAUGGAGUGUGACAUACAUCAAAUUAUAAAGUCCGGUCAGCCCUUGACGGAUGCGCACUAUCAAAGCUUUAUCUACCAAAUCCUUUGCGCCUUAAAGUACAUACAUUCAGCGGAUGUUCUACAUCGAGAUCUAAAACCUGGAAAUCUGUUGGUAAAUGCGGAUUGUCAAUUAAAGGUAUGCGAUUUUGGGCUAGCGAGAGGGUAUUCCGAAAAUCCUGUUGAAAAUAACCAGUUUUUGACUGAGUAUGUGGCUACCAGGUGGUAUAGAGCACCGGAGAUCAUGUUAAGCUACCAAGGAUAUACAAAAGCAAUAGAUAUGUGGUCGUGUGGGUGUAUCUUGGCUGAGCUUCUGGGUGGGAAGCCCAUUUUCAAGGGUAAGGACUAUGUGGAUCAAUUAAACCGGAUUCUACAGGUGUUGGGGACUCCACCUGAGGAGACUCUUGAACGUAUAGGAUCCAAAAAUGUGCAGGAGUACAUUCAUCAACUAGGCUACAUUCCCAAAGUUCCGUUUGUGACGUUGUAUCCUCACGCCAAUGCUCAAGCGCUUGACCUCUUGGAAAAAAUGUUGGCUUUUGAUCCUAAAAAGCGAAUCACAGUUGAAGAAGCGCUUGAACAUCCUUACUUGAGCAUUUGGCAUGAUCCUGCUGACGAGCCAGUUUGCAGCGAGAAAUUCAAUUUCAAUUUCGAAGCUGUCAACGAGAUGGAUCAGUUAAAACAAAUGAUACUCGAUGAAGUUCGGGACUUCAGACAAUUUGUGAGACAACCUUUGAUAGAAGAGCAAGCGCAGCAGCAGCAGCAACAACAGCAACAACAGCAACAACAACAGGAAGAGGAACAGAAUUUGCUACAGUUUCAACGAGCAAAACAAAAAGAGGAGCAACAGCUACAGCGGGGAGAGCGAUUCAUGCAGGAUGACCGCAUCAUGUCAGAGAACUACGAAGAUGCAGAAUUCAAGCCGCACGUAAUGUUUUCCCAACCAUCAGCCACUGUAGGCGACAUGCAUGACCAAUUUAUUGGCAUACACUCUGGAAACCUGCCUGGACAUGACACAGAUUUCCCACCACGUCCACAGGAGAAUCUACUCGUUUCACCGAUGGUUGACGAGACGAAUGGAUUGGAGCCAGCGGGCUCUUUGGAUGAUUUUCUCGAUCUCGAAAAAGAGUUAGAGUUUGGGCUCGAUCGAAAAUAUGCAUAA